UCCAAGGCCCCUCUAUAUAAUGAAAAUUCAGUCUUUUCCAAAGGCAGAGAGUUGGAAUUUGGAGGGCGGUUCAUAGUGGCAUACAGAGCACAGGGUUUAGUUAUAGUUUCAGAGGCACAGUUUCUUGAAAGAUAGAGAGGGGUUUUGUUUGGAUUUUGGUUUCUGGUAGUUGGGUGGUCUAAAAAUCAGAUCUUGAAGAGGAAAAAUGGCGCUUUGGAGCAAGUGUGAAGGUGGGUUGGGGUUAGGGCUGGUGAGGAGCCAUUCGUUUGGGAGGAAAAGGGUGGUCUUGUCAGCUAUGGAGUCGGAUGAUUUUCUUUCCACCACACCUCCAAAGAAGCAUUGCCCUGAGGUUUCUUUUCCCAUUUGUCAGAAGUCUGUUCUUGAAGCUUUGCCUCAGGAUGUUCUGAUUAGGAUAGUUUGUGGUGUGGACCAUGAUGAUUUGAAGAGGCUGUUUCAUGUAUCAAAGGCUAUUCGAGAAGCGACCUUGAUUGCCAAGAAUUGGCAUUUCGAAUAUAGCACACCGAGGAAGACUAUUGGUUUCAAGAGCCCAAUUGAUUUCGAGGAUUUGGGUGAGUUCAAUGAGGUUGAAGCACCGAAUGCACCAAGGCAGUCAAGGGUUCCAAGAUCUCGGUUAAGCAGAAAAAAGCUGGCUGGUUUAUCUAUUGCCCUCUUCGCAUCAGACGACGAAGAGGACUGGAGGAGUAGGCAGUCAUAUCUGCAACUGGAAGCAGAGUUAUAGUUCCACGAGUUAAUGAAGUGAGUCUUGUACAUGCAUUGUUGUACAAAUAGUUGUGUUUUUUUUUUGGACUAGAGGGGGUGGGAUCUGGUAAUGUUGUUUAUCAGAUCUGCACUAUUUAUACAUGUCACAAGAACCGAACCCUCACAGGCCAUUUUAUUCUUCAAUCCAUUCAUUGAAGAUGAGGUGGCUUGACUAUAUAUGUUUGUACAAGUUAGGGAGGGAGAAGGAGAAUGAUUUAUUACACUUUUUCAAUAAGUUCUUUUGGAGGAUUGUGCUGCCACUUCUGUUUCCACAAGAGGCUAAGAUGUACAUAUCAGUCUCCACUGUAGAGUAAAACAUUUGAAAUUAAUGAAAUUUUAAAAAAUGGUUUUCUGGCUUA